AUGGAGGGCUCCAAUGUCUUCCGCAAUUGCUUAUGGAAUCUGAUGAUCAUAGGCUUCUGUUUAUCAUCCUUCGUUCACAGUGUAGAGAUGGGAGAAACAUGUAGUUCGAGUAGCCGAUGCGACGCCGGAUUGAGUUGCCAGAGCUGCCCGGUAAACGGAAACACCGGGUCUACUUGUACCCGGAUCCAACCUCUCAACCCGACUUCCAAGGUGAAUGGUUUGCCGUUUAACAAGUACUCGUGGCUAACGACACACAAUUCGUAUGCAAUCACGGGGGCAAAUUCGGCAACCGGCUCCAUCCUCAUCUCCCCAAGGAAUCAAGAAGACUCCAUCACUAAUCAGCUUAAGAAUGGUGUGAGAGGGAUAAUGCUGGAUACAUAUGAUUUUCAGAACGAUGUUUGGUUGUGUCAUUCAACAGGAGGGACUUGCUUUAAUUUCACUGCCUUUCAACCAGCCAUAAACGUGCUCAAAGAGAUCAAUGACUUUCUUGAAUCAAACUUAUCCGAGAUUGUCACAAUCAUCCUUGAAGACUAUGUCAAAUCUCCAGGGGGCUUGACUAGAGUGUUUAAAGCAUCAGGACUGACUAAAUUCCAGUUUCCGGUAUCGAGAAUGCCGAAAGACGGCAAGGACUGGCCAACAGUGGAUGACAUGGUGAAGCAAAACCAAAGACUUGUGGUGUUCACUUCCAAGAAAGAUAAGGAAGCUUCUGAAGGUUUUGCUUAUCAGUGGGAUCACAUGGUUGAAAACCAAUAUGGUGAUGAGGGAUUGAAGUCAUGCUUUAAUAGAAAUGAGUCUUCUCCAUUGGAUACAACCUCUCGGUCUCUGGUUUUGCAAAACUACUUUGGAACCAAUCCUAAUUCAACGCAGGCGUGUGGGGAUAAUUCGUCUCUGUUGAUCAGUAUGAUGACAACUUGCCAUGAAGCUGCUGGUCAAAGAUGGCCUAACUUCAUCGCUGUUGACUUUUACCAGAGGAGUGACGGUGGAGGAGCAGCAGAAGCUGUAGAUGAUGCAAACGGUCGUCUCACUUGUGGUUGUGACAGUUUAGUCUAUUGCAAGUCAAACGCACCAUUUGGCACGUGCGAUGCUCCUCCUCCGAAGUCGGCACCAUCACCAGUUUCCGGUGGGACAGGUUCAGAGAAUCCGAGAGAAACUCCGAGGGAUAAUGCUGCUUCUACAGCAACUGGAUUGUCAAUUCUCGGUAUGAUCUCUGCGGCGGCUUUCUUGGUGUGGUGGUGA